AUGAGUUCAAACGACGGCAACAGCUUCGAAGCUGUUCGAAGACCACGGCCUAGGUCCACCAUCUUCGAAGGCUUCAUGCACCGUCGUCAAGCAUCUACCGACAUCCAUUCCACAAACAGUCCUUUCGACGGCCCCGUCUCUCCCAUACAGCCCAAGAUUAUGGCUUUUGAGAACUACUCCAACCCAGGCGCUUUGGCGGAACUUCAAUACAACCAGCAAGAGUCUUCUGCCCGCCUCCCACGACAGCAAGAUCGUGACCGAUCACAGUCACCGAUCAAGAGCAGCUUUGGAAACCUCACCGUCAUAACAGCACCGGGCAAAGAUCCCAAGGGGGGGAAAUCUCGAGAUCCCUCACCUACGAAACCGAAAAGACCCAAGUCAACAACAAACCUCGCCGGGCUGCUCAGGCCCAAGACGCUGCGAAAUUUGGGGAAAUUUGGAUCAGACGAUAACGUCAAUUCAACCAAGGACAAGGAAAACAGAACACCCGAAGAGCCUGUACAUGCUCCCCCACCGCCGCCUAUAUACUCCCAAUUUGCAUCCAGACCACUCCUCCAACAGUCACAAAGCGGACGUCGAAGUGUGGAUGAAGCAAGACCGCCGGCUCUGGACCUUCACACAAGCAACCGAGUCGCCGUCAAAGAGCGGCCGAAGUCAUAUCAUCCGAUACUAGGUCGAAUAGAACCACCUCCAUCACCAACAAAACCACGCGCUUCUAAUGACUCUCGAAAGGGAUCAAAGGACUCGACCGAGGGUAAGAGCAAGAGCGGUCGAGGUAAGGUCAUGAGCGUUUUUACUACAUUCAACCAUAGUCGAUCCAAGUCAACAUCGAACGUUCCUGCACCCGGGGAACGAGUGCUUGACCCCAAGGAUAUCGACAAGCACCUUGAGGCCAUGCUGGAUCGCCGAAACAUUCCCGAGAACCAGAGAUACAAAAUGAGAAACCUGAGCGACACCAUCAAGAUGGAAUUCAUUCGCCAGGACUGGGCCGAGUCACGAGGCUCUAGAACAGAUAGGCCCUGCUCGACUGAUAGUGCCGACAGUGGCAUGGCUAUCGAAGCAAGCACACAGAACGAGGAGAAGCCAAAGCGAUCACGAGGCAAAAGUUUCACUCUCUCACGAGGAAGAAAGGAGCCCAAGGAACCCAGCUCACCAAUUAAAAAGUCAAAGGGUGAGGGAACACUCGGCCGCCAUUUCAGAAGCAAGUCUACAGACAGCGUAAUCAGUGAAGGCCCUCCUGGAUCGAGCGGUUCAGUCUCUAAUUCCGGGAUCCUCUCCAAAAUGAAAUUCAACCAAGGACCGGGCGAUUAUGUGGCGUACCUUAGAAAGGUCCAGAAGCCACAGCUGGUCGAGGUCGGGAAGGUUCACAAGCUCCGACUGCUUCUCAGAAACGAGACAGUUGCAUGGAUUGAGGAUUUUAUUCAGUUGGGUGGUAUGAAGGAGAUCGUAGGCCUCCUCAACCGCAUCAUGGAGGUCGAAUGGAGGGAGGAACAUGAAGAUGCGCUUUUGCACGAAAAUCUUCUCUGCCUCAAGGCGUUGUCGACAACGGCUCGCGCCAUGCAAUACAUUGACACGAUCCAACGUGAUCUCUUUCCUAAGCUCCUUCACAUGCUAUUCGACCCAGAGAGGAAGGGUCCAAGCGAGUUCACCACCCGUAACAUCAUCACCUCUGUCUUGUUCACAUACAUCGAGUCUGCUGCCCCUGCGGAACGUGUCACACGAGCUCAGAGCAUCCUAUCGCACCUGAGAGAUCCCGAGCCAAAGGAGGAUCAACGCCCCUUACCAUUUGUCUUGGAGAUGAGACAGGAAAGGCCUUACCGUGUUUGGAAUAAGGAGGUCGUCAGCGUCACUAAAGAAGUAUUCUGGAUCUUCCUUCACAACGUUAACGUUGUAUCUCUUCCUUCGGAACGACUUUCGACUGCCGACCCUGCACCCGGUCCGUACAGCUACAUGCUUCGACAUUUCCCUCAAGAGCGCCCCCCGGUUCCCGCGGCACCAUACGUGGGCGGAGUCGAAUGGGAUGCUACCAACUACCUUGCUUCUCACCUAGACCUCCUGAACGCCAUUUUGGCCUGCACACCUACCACCAAGGAGCGCAACAAUCUCCGGGCGCAGUUUCAAAUUUCGGGAUGGGAGCGGUGCCUAGGCGGCAGCCUACGACUCUGUAAAGAGAAGUUCUAUGGAAGUGUGCAUGACGGCCUUCGAACAUGGGUCGCAGCAGCGGUGGACGAUGGCUGGGAUGUCAAGGAUGUGCGUUACGGGCCGCCCCCAGCCGCUCGGGCUUCGCCAAAGAAAAACGGUGGUCAAAAGAAGCCAGUAGAGGCGGCGCCAAAGAUUGAGAUGCCGAAGCUUGAUUUUGGGCUGGAUAAGCCUUCCACUCCAAGUAAGGUGAAGGAUGCGUGGCUGUGA